AUGCCAAAACACAGUUGGAUUCACUGCAAUAAUUCACAUGGAAUGGUGGUAUUGAUUGAUGAAGACAGAACUAAAGUUUUAGCAACGAUGGAUUCCUCUAAAAUAGUCGAAGACAAAGCCGAAUGUGGAAGUAACGUGUCCGGGUGGACAACUUAUAUUGCUUCACCAGAACACGAUGAUGAUGAUGAAGAAGAAGAUGAAGAUCAUACCAUUGACAGGAAAGCUGAUGCUCGUGAUUCUGGAGACGGUGAAAGCGAUGACUCUAUGGCUUCUGAUGCCUCAUCCGGCCCGAGUCUACAAGAAUUGUCAAGUGGAAAAUUUGAAGGAAGCCAUGCAGAAAACAAAGAUCACAGAAGAUGGUUUGGUAAGAAAUGUCACCCACAAGAAGAGAAGAAACAAUAUGAUGAGCAAAUAAAAACAGCAAAAAAAAAGCCGGGACAAAAGGCAAAUGGUGCUGGCAGAUCGAAGAAAAAAUAA